ACUGUGGGAUCAUGACCUGAGCCGACGUUGGCCACUUAACGGAUAGAGCCACUCAGGCGCCCCUGUCCUAAUUUCAGUAAUGUUUUGUAGUUUUCACUGUACAAGUCUUCCAUCUCCUUGAGUAAAUGACUUCCUAAGUCUUUUAUUCUUUUUGAUGUUGUUGUAAAUGGGAUUGCUUUUGUAAUUUCUCUUUCAGAUUCUUCAUUGUUAGUGUGUAGAAAUACUCCUGUUUUUUUUAUUUGUUGACUUUGUCUCCUGGUAUUUGCUGAACUCAUUUAGUCUAAGUUAUUUUGCAUGUGUGUGUAAUAGUUUUCUACAUAUAAGAUUAUAUCAUACGCAAACAUCAUUUUACUUCCUAUUUGGAUGCCUUUUCUUUUUCUUUUUUUCCUACUUGUUCUGGCUAGAAUGUCUAGUACUAUAUUGCGUAGUAGUGGUGAAAGUGGGCACUAUUGACUUGUUCCUGAUCUUAGAGGAAAAGCUUUCAGUCUUUCACUAUUGAGUAUGAUACUUGCUGUGGGUGUUUCAAAUAUGGCUUUUAUUGCGUGGAGGUAGUUUUUGCCUCAGUUGAUAUGAGUAUGUGUCUCCCCCCUUCACUCUGUUAGUGUAGUCUAUUACAUUGAUCAAUUUUGUUUUCCUUAUUUUUUUUAUGAAAUAUGUUUGUGAACUUAAGCACAGCAGUAUAAUUGUGUAACAAAUCCAGUGAAAAACUGUCUGAUUGGAAAGGUUUAAUAAUAACAUUUUGUUCACUCUAAGGGAUUGAUGUUGACUCAUAGAUAGAAAACAAACAUCAAACACGUACAUUGUGCUUCUUGCCACCUAAAAGGCUUGAUUCUCAGGUCAUUCUUAUUAGAUAUUUAUCAACAAUUGUCUAAUUAUCUUGAGGUAUAGUAUAAAUGAGAAUAAAUGAUAGGUAUGUCAAGAACACGAUCAAUUUGUAACAUGUAGAAAAUAGAACUAAAGUGCAAACAGAAAUAAUUCCGAGCCUAUCAAUACAUAACUAAAAUGCUUAAUAAUUGCCCAGUUCGUCCACAUUGGCCUCCGAUCCUUCUACACGCUGUCCAGAAGAUAGAUAUGCUGCACCUCUUAUUUCAAAAAGCCAUGGGUAACCUUAGUCAUGAGCAUCACCUUUUCACUGUCUUUAAGAAAAUGAUGAAGCUUGCUAAAGUUGCCUUGUAGGGAGUUCACAAGGGAUUUGUAGAAGUACUCUGGGCUAUAAUUCUUUCUCAUUAUUGGGCACCAAUGAGAAGCAAGUGUUAAACACUGAAAAACAGUACAUUUUAAAUCUUGUUCUGCUGCUUCCUAGCUAUGUUAGUUUGGGCAAGUCACUCAAUGUUCUGGUUUUCUCAUCAGUAAAACUAAAAUAACAAUGCCUGGCUCAUAGGACAAUUUAUGUAUUUAUUCAUUAGUCAUUAGACAGUUGUUGAAUGCCUACUGUAUGCCAGAUGUUUUGACUGGCCCUGGGAAUGCAGAAAGGAUCAAGAAAGGCAGAUUCCUAUUGUUAUGAAACAUAUACUAGUUGAGAAAACAGAUACCAUAGAAAUAAUAGCCUUUGUGGAAAAUACACAAAAUGGAUGUAUAGUACAUUGUUUUAUGUUAUGAGGAGCACAUGAUCUAACAUAGAUAAAGAGCAUAGCAUAAUCUGCACACAGGUGGUACUCAGAAGAUGUGAAUGUCAUCUACCAUUGCCAGUUAGGUGUUUAUUGAGCAUCUUCUGCAUAGGAGUGGAAUGUGUAUGAGCAGGCACUAUGGGUUAUGUUUUUCCAUUUUUCCCAGUAUUGAUUAUAUUUACAUUCAUUUUACAAGCAUGCGUAUGUGUCAGGGUUGUACAAGGCUCUGGAUCAGUGUUAAUCCAGUAUAAUUAGAGUGAAGAGUGUAGAGAAUAAUACAGGAAGUGGCUGUAAAGUUAAAUUGGAGCAGACUGAGACUGCCUUUAUUACCUUAUAAAGGUGUUAAUUAAUUGCAUUCUUUUACACGCUAGGCUAGGGAAAUGCAAAGAUGAUUGAGGUUGAAGCUUGCACUUCAAAUUGUGGAAUCACAUAAAUGUGAUUCACAUUAUGUGCACAUAAAUGAUCACUUUUUUUUCUUCCUUACUAAUUUGGAUGCUUUUUCUCUAUUUUUCUUGCCUGAUUGUUACUGCUAGGACUUCCAGUACUGUGUUGAAUAAAAGUAGUGAGAGUGGGCAUCUUUGUUUUGUUCCUGAUCUCAGAGGAAAAACUCUGUUUUUCACCCAUUGAUAUGUUAGCUGUGGGUUUUUCAUAUAUGGUCUUUACUAUGUUGAGGUGUGUUCUCUUUAUACCUACUUUGUUGAGUUUUUAAUGAAUGGAUGUUGUAUUUUGUCAAAUGCUUUUUUGGCAUCUAUCGAUAUGAUCGUAUGUUUUUUAUCCUUUCUUUUGUUAAUGUGAUGUAUCAUGUUGAUUGAUUUGAGAAUAUUGAACCACCCUUGGAUCCCUGCAGUAAAUCCCAUUUGAUGAUGGUGAAAGAUUUUUUUAAUGUAUUGUUGCAUUCAGGAAAUUGAAAGACUUUCUGAGAAGUUAGAAGAAAAAGAGAAGGAGAAGCAGCAGCUGAUGAGCCAGCCGGAGCAUGAGCGAGAGAAGGAAGUUGCCCUGCUGCGGCAGAGCGUGGCAGAGAAGGAACGAGCCCGGGCUGCCAGCGACAUUCUGUGCCGCUCCUUGGCUGAUGAGACCCAUCAGCUGCGGAGGACUCUGGCCGCCACUGCCCACAUGUGCCAGCAUCUGGCCAAGUGUCUGGAUGAACGACAGCGCACACAGGGGGACUUGAGGGAGAAAAGUCCUGAGCCAGAGCGUACAGGCGGGGACACCUGUGUCCGGGAUGUUAUCGAGAAGUUACAGGAAGAAAAUCGACUGUUGAGACAGAAGGUGACCCAUGUAGAAGACCUUAACGCCAAGUGGCAGCGCUACGAUGCCAGCAGGGAUGAGUAUGUGAGGGGGCUCCACGCGCAGCUUCAGGGGCUACAGGCCCCCCGUGAGCCCGAGAGACCCUCCCCUCCUGAGCUGAUGAGGAAGGAGAUCUCCAGGCUCAACAGGCAGCUGGAGGAGAAGAUAAAUGACUGUGUGGAAGUGAAGGAGGAGCUGACGGCUGUGAGGCGGGCCCGAGAUGCGGCGCUGGAGCGGGUGCAGAUGCUGGAGCAGCAGAUUCUUGCUUACAAGGAUGAUUUCACCUCGGAAAGGGCCGAUCGAGAGCGUGCUCAGGGGAGGAUUCAAGAGCUGGAGGAGCAGGUGGCCGCCUUGCGGCACCAGGCGUCCCGGAGGCAGGACUGCCGAGAGCGGGGCUCCUGCCGGACGCACACGGGGAGCAAAACCCCCAAGUACUUAGAGACCAGUGUCUUGGAGCUUGUGGCACCCAGUGGCCGGAGGGCUGGGACUGGAUCUCAGGGGCCAGACUUCUCCGCAGAGGGCAGGUGUCCUGGAGCAACGACCCGGAGAGGGCAGGGGGAGCUUCAGUGCCCUCACUGCCUGCAGCACUUCGAUGACGAGCAAGGCGAGGAGCUCUUCAGGCAUGUGGCCGAGUGCUGCCAGUGAGGCCCUGAGGCUGGAGCUACCUGUGACCCUGCUGCUUCUGAGGGGGCUCGGCCCUGGGCGGGGGCGAGAUCCCCCGAGACCCAGGACCCAGCACAGGUUGAGGGGGUUUCUGAUCCUUCACCUUGGUCAUCCUUGGGCGGUGGAACAGACCAAGUUGGAAGGAACUUCUUGUGGGGCGUCUGCCUCUGGGAGGGCCUGGCUUGGCUUCUGGUAUGGAGUGCGCCCCUCCCUGCCCGCCCCCCCCCCCCGCCGGCCGGCCGUCGGGUCAAGACCAGGAGCAGGGGGCGCACGAACGCUCACAGGCAACACGACAGCCCCAGUCAGCCUGCGCCUGGGCCGCUGCAGCUCGCUGGGAAGAGGUGGCUGCCUGCAGGGACCACGUGUGUGGGCCCCCGGUUCUGUUGAGUCGGGACCAGGUUUGUAGACUGAGCCCUGUGGCAACACAUCGCACACGAGGACUAUUCUCGGCCACCGCAGAGACACGUGUCCUCACUGAAAUGCACUGCAAUAGCGUUUGCCACAUAUCUCAAAGACAAAAGACAUUUCACAUUUACUUAUUUUUAUAAUAAAUACACUUGCUAUGGUGACUGCUCUUGA